AUAAACUAUUUCUUAUUAUUUCAACUCAAGAAAUUCAUUGUAAUAUAUAUGACUAGAUUGUAUUUGUAAUGACUGGUGAUUGUGGAAAUCAAUCACAUCAAGGUUAUCAAGUAUUUCAUAAAGUGGCUGCAACAAGUUCAGGACAAGUUUUUACAUUAAAAAAACAACAAGUUAGCGAGAUAUUAAAUUUUGUUCAACAUACAAUUCAAGCACGAAAAGUAAAUAUACUAGCAUUGGAUAAACAAUCACGAGAUAAAUUUAUUUACACAAUACCUGUGGAUAGUCAACUUCUUGAAUUUACUAUUUCUGUCAGCGGAUCUAAUCCUCAAGUUGUGCUUACUGAUCCUACUAACACUAUAAUAAAUCAACGGACAUGGUUAACACGUCUCUUACGAUUAAAAGAAGUUUAUAUUUUGAAUGUCAAACAUCCAUUGGCUGGUGAAUGGAAAAUACAGGUGACCAGUUCAUCGGCACAUUCAAUUCGCAUUACCGGACUUAGUAGUCUAACAUUUUCUCAUGGAUUUUCAAGAGAACCCGUAUCAGAUCUAUCGUUGACAACACGACAGCCAUUAAAAGGUUUACAAACACAUUUGACUGUUCAACCAACAAAAUUAGAAAAGCCCGGAUUUCUUGAACGUGCUGAAUUUAUUGAUCUAUUUGGAAAAGUUAUUACCAGUGUUCCAUUAUUGCCAAUUGAACAAGAAACAAAAAACUUAUACAAUACAAGCAAACUUGUUCUAUCGGACGGAUUUUUUUACGUUAGAAUCUAUGGUUAUGAUAAAAAAGGUUACAAAUUUCAGCGUACAAGUCAGACGGCUAUUGUCGCUUUCUCUCCAGAUAUACCCAAAGUACAGAUGGAGAAACAUGUUGAGUUUCUCUAUAAUCAAUCCGGUCAAUUACUAUGUAAUGUUGAAAGUAUUAUCCCCUAUUCUAUUCAAUGGUUCAGAAAUGGAACUCAAUUUUCGUCUGCAACAGAAUACUUACAAUCAUCUUCCAUUUCGUUACCAAUUGGUCAUCCAACAUCCGCUGACAAAGGUGUCUAUGUUUGCAAUGCUUCCAGUUCAGCUGGGAGCAACAUUGCCGAAACAAGAGUGAACGUGCUUGAUCCACCACCAUUCGUAUAUUUGCCUAAUAAUCUUCCGGCAAUAUUAGGUUCAACUAUUUUUGUUGAUUGUAAUGUUUCAAGUAUAACACCAUACAAUUCGACAUGGAUCAUAGAAAAUUCUUUAAUUGAUGAACAACGAGUAACAAAACACAAUAAUGGUACACUAGAAUUGAGGCAAAUACAAAAAUCAGACGAUGGAACAUAUGUAUGUGAAGCAACAAAUGAAGGUGGUAAAACACGAGCUGCAGUAUCUCUCAACGUACAAGAAUCACCAAAUAUUUAUGUUUAUCCACAUAUUCAGACAUACGCACAAAACUGGAUAAUUAAUUUGACAUGUGCUGGUACAGGAUAUCCUCCACCUAAAUUACAAUGGAAACGAGAUGGUUACCCUUUACAAUUGUCAUCACGUAUUCAAGUAGUUGAUGGACUAUUAACUAUUUUAAGAGCAACACAACACGAUGAAGGCUAUUAUGAGUGUGUUGGAACGAAUACUCUAGGCCAAGCGGUACAAACUGCUCAAUUACUAUAUGCAGAAGUACCAACUAUUUAUGCCGAAAAAGCGUAUCUUCUAGUGAAAGUAGGAGACAGAGCCACAUUAAAGUGUAUUGUGAACGGUAGUCCUCCGCCAGAAGUUCGAUGGUAUAAAGGAGAUAAAGAAAUCACAUCAGGGAACCAUUAUCGUAGAGUAGCGGAAGGUAAUUUGUUUAUUUCGAAUGUGGCUUCCAGUGAUACGGAUAAUUACAAUUGUGUGGCACAAAAUGAUGCAGGAAGUACUUUAGCAACAAUUCGUCUAGAAGUUGGAGAUAUUCCAAAAAUAAGUGCAUCAUCUACUCGAAUAAAUGCUGAAUAUAAUCAUAAUGUAACAAUGAUGUGCAAUGUUACUGGAUAUCCUGUACCAAAAAUAUCUUGGAUAUAUGACAAUAAUUCAGUACAAAAUACUCAUAGAAUUUAUCAGACAGAUAACACAUUAAUUAUAUUUAACGUACAGCCAAGAGAUGCUGGUCAAUAUGUGUGUCGAGCAGAUAAUGUAUUUGGUAUAAAUGAGACGUCAUUUCAAUUAUCAAUUACAGGAAUACUACCACCACGUAUCGCCGAAAAUAGAUCGAUGUACGAAGUAUUGUUGAACGACGAGAUUUAUCUAACAUGUCAAGUGCACGGUCAUCCACAACCGACUAUAACCUGGUUCCACAAUGGUUAUCAGUUGUUUCAAUCUUCUAAUCAUCACAUUACUGGUAGCGGAAGUUUACAUAUUCGACGAGUAUCUUUGGCUAAUGAUGGUAUUUAUACGUGUAUAGCUGAGAAUUCAGCUGGAAAUGCUACACAUACAGUUCAAGUCGAUGUAUUGACACCACCAACGUUAAUUGAUGAUAGUAGAAAAGAGAAUGCCACUGUAGAACUACAAAUAACAACUGGAAGUACAGCACUACUUCCUUGCCCAGUACGGAAAAACGUAAAGCCCAAACCAGCUAUUGACUGGUAUAAAGAUGGUGUUGAGUUGUUGUAUGAUGAUCAACGAUUGACACAUAAUAUAGAUGGCAGUUUAGAAAUUGAAGAUGUUCAAAAUGAGGAUGCUGCUAUUUAUAUGUGUAGAGUAACUAAUUUGUUGGGUAACGCCACUCAUAUAAUUCAUUUGGUUUUACUCGUCGAUCCUAUUAUUUUGGAUGCAGCAGAUAGUUCAUUGCAAGUAAAUAUGGGAGAAGAAGCACGACUGUUGUGUAAUGCACGAGGUUAUCCAACUCCAAUUAUUGAACCAAUCAUUAAUGGGAGAAAAUAUAUCUUGAAUAAUGAUGGAACAUUAUUAAUUUCAAACGUUCAGGAACAUGAUGUCGGUAUUUACACAUGUUAUGCCAUUAAUUCGGUCGGAAAUGCUAGUCGAAAUAUAGAAAUGAUUGUCACAAUGCCACCAAGAAUUAACCUUGCAUCACAAACAAAUUUACAUAGUAUUGUAUCUCAGACAUUGACUAUUCUUUGUGAUCAUGUUGGUAUUCCUCGACCUCUUGUUACAUGGUACAAAAAUGGAAAACCACUUUUCAUUUCAAAUGAACGAAUUCAAACAUUACCAAGUGGGGCUUUAGUUAUACAUUCGGUAUUAUCUACGGAUAAAGGUUUUUAUAUGUGUUAUUUAACGAAUGCCUAUGGCGAAGCAAGACAAGAAUUUGAAGUUGAUAUAUGGGAACCACCAGCACUUAGUGGAAAUCCACCAUUGGAGAUAGAGGCGAAUGCAUAUCAAACAGUACUUUUACCUUGUACAAUAACCGGUCAUCCAGUUCCCGUCAUAAAUUGGUUUAGAAAUACAGCACCCAUCUCAUAUUAUAGAAAUAUGAAUACACAUGUACAUGCUGAUGGAACUUUAGAAAUAAAAAAAGUAGAUCCAACAGAUAAUGACCAAUACACGUGCAAGGCUAGCAAUGCUGCAGGAAAUACAACGCAUACGGUUAUGCUUAAUAUCAAUAUUCCACCAGUUAUUAUGACUGAUGAAAGUGGCACAGCAAUCAAGACUACUGUUGGCCAAGACUUAAUAUUAUCUUGUCCUACCAAUGGUUUACCGCGUCCUGUACUAACAUGGCAUAAAGAAGAUAUACAAAUUUGGCAAGAUCACCGCACAUUCUUCAAUGACGAUCAUACUCAAUUAACCGUUCGUAAUGUUCAAACGACUGAUCAUGGAACAUUUCGAUGUACAGCUACGAAUAAAGCUGGUAAAAGUGAAAAAAUAUUCGUUGUUACAGUCAAUAUGCCACCCUCAACGUCCGGUGAUAGAUUGCAAAAAAAAUCUGUUAUACUAAAUCAUUCAUUAUUCUUAAAUUGUCCAGCAGUCGGCGUACCAACACCAGAAAUUGUGUGGUACAAAGCUGGUGAACAACUUUCACCUAGCGAAGCAUUAGUUAUAACAAACGAAGGAAAAACGUUGAAAAUAACAAACAUUGAAUUAAAAGAUGAAGGUCGAUUUGUGUGUCAAGCAACAAAUGCUGUGGGAUCGACCGAUAUGGCAUUUGAUAUUGAAGUGUUCAGUAUGCUAUUAUUUACAGAAUAUAUCAUCGAUGAUAUUUUAUGUAUUAAAAAUAUUUUAGCUCCACCCGAAUUUGCUGAAAGUUCAGUCGAGAAAACUUUUAUUAAUGGUGAACAUAUGCGAUUGUCAUGUACAGUACAUGGCAAACCGAUUCCGUCACAUACCUGGUAUUAUAAUGCAAUUAAAAUUGUACCCUAUAAUAAUAUUAGAUUCAUACACGAUGGAUUAUAUUUGGAAAUUGAAAAUAUUCAGCCAGUUGAAUCAGGUCAAUAUAUCUGUGUGGCAGAAAAUAUAGCGGGUCAGGCAAAACUUCAUUAUAAUGUUAAAGUCAUGGUGCCCACAAAAUUUAAUGAAACUAUGUCAUCGGAUACGAGAUUAGAAGCAAUUCUUCAUCAAGAAGUACUUAUGUUAUGUUCGGCAUAUGGUAUUCCACCACCGAAUAUUACAUGGAUGAGAGACGGAAAUCUGAUCAAUAGUUCUAAUGAUAGAUUUCUUAUCAGAGAAAAUGGAUACCAAUUGGUUAUACCAAUGACACUAGAAAAUGACACUGGAAGAUACGAAUGUACAGCAGUAAAUGAAGUUGGUCAAGCAUCAAAAAUCUUUGAAUUGGAUAUCCUAGUACCUCCAAAAAUUCAUUCCAAUCAACUGAUAACAAGGAUACAAAUAAUACAAAAUAGUACACUAACGUUAAAAUGUCCUGCUUCGGGACAUCCAACUCCAUCGAUAAAUUGGUAUAAAGAUGAAAGUAAAAUAUCCAAUUAUCAACAUCGUGAUAAUAGUGAAACAUUAAUUAUGUAUAAUAUUGAUGAAAGAGAUGGUGGACGAUACACGUGUGUUGCUACUAAUUCUGUUGGAAAACAACGACAACACUUUGAAGUUAUAAUAUCGAUUCCACCAAAGAUAAUCACCGAUCGUAUUGAUCAAACACCGUCAGUUAUCAGAGGUUCAAUGAUAAUAUUGGAUUGUACAGUGACUGGUAGACCACUCCCGAGUGUAACUUGGACACGUGGAGGCAAUAACAUUACAUUAAGUAAUAAAUUCACCAUACAAAAUCGACAAUUGAUUAUCAGAGAUGUUCAACUCGAUGAUUCUGGAAAAUGGGAAUGUAAAGCAACAAAUCAAAUUGGUCAGGAUAUUUUAACCUACAAUCUUCAAGUAUUAGUACCACCUGAAAUAUUCAAUCAAGAUGGUGAAGAACUUUUACAAAUACCGGCUAAUAAUACUGUUCAAUUAAUAUGUGAAACAUUUGCUAUUCCACCAGCACAAAUAGAAUGGAAAAAAAAUGGUUAUCCAAUAAUGAUUAAUGAUAAAGCAACAUUUGUUCAUGGAACAAAUCAUAUUUUAAAUAUAAAAAUAGAAAAUGAACAUGAUGGUGGAACAUAUUCUUGUGUAGCACAAAAUAUAGCCGGUCGAAAUGAAAAACAAUUUUUAAUCGAUGUUUUUACACCACCAUCAAUUGAACAACAACAAAUUGAUACAAUAAAUAAAGUAUUAAUUACAAAGUCACAUACAUUUAUUUGUAUUGCAAAUGGUAUACCUCGUCCACGAAUCCAAUGGUUUAAAAAUGGAAAAUUAUUGAAAACAAAGAAAGCCAUACAAAUAUUGCAAGAUGGUCAGUUACUCGAUAUACAUAAUAUUACACAGAAUGACUCUGGAGCGUAUACAUGCACUGCAAAGAAUAUAGCAGGCGAGGCGGUCAGAAAUUUUGAAUUAAAAGUGCUUGUACCACCUUCUAUUGAUAAUGAUGAUACUGAUGGUUUUAAUGAGACUAAUAUUACUGUUAAUAAAACAUUAACAAUUAAUUGUUUUGCGACAGGCAAACCGGAACCAGAAAUUAUGUGGUUAAAAGAUGGUCAACAUUUGAAUCGUUCGUCAGUUCAAUAUCAUAUUCGUCGUUACGGUCGUCAACUUGAUGUAUCCAUAUCAAAAGCUAGUGAUGGAGGUGUUUAUACUUGUUUAGCUAAAAAUGAAGCAGGUGUUGACGAACGAAAUUUCAAAGUUGGCAUUAUGAUUCCACCGACCAUAGAGUCUGUUAUAACUCAAACUCAGGUAGUAGUUGGUAAUCAUGUACUGCUUGAUUGCAGAGCCAAUGGUGUUCCUGAACCCGAUGUCAAAUGGUUCUAUCGCAAAAAAUCUGUAGUAGAUAAUAGUCACUUUUUAUUGACGGCAAAUAAUCGUCAUUUACAAAUUUUACAAACAAAAUUGAAUCAUACUGGCGUCUAUACAUGUCAAGCAACAAAUGAAGCAGGCAGUACAAUUCGUGAAUUUUACGUCGAUGUACUAAUGCCACCAUCAAUCAUCGAUAGUGAAUUUCAAAGUGAAGUGGUCGUGUUUAAAGAUGAAACUAUUGUUCUCAAUUGCACUGUUACAGCAAUACCAACACCAAAAAUAACAUUUUUAAAAGAUGGACAAACUAUAAUAGCAAAUUCAAGACUUAUUAUUCAAAAUGCUGCUGUUACUGAUCGUGGUCGUUACCGUUGUGUGGCAGAAAAUAUAGCUGGAACGUCUUAUCUUGACUAUGAUUUACAAGUAUUUGUAUCACCAGAGAUUGUUCCAAAAAUUCUUGAACUAAAUCCGAAUGUUAUUAUUGAUCGGCAAAUAAUACUUGAUUGUCCAAUAUUUUCCAUUCCGGAGUCUGACUAUUAUUGGUUUAAAGACAAUAAUAUAUCACUAAUGGAACCACAAAGCGCCGACAGACAACAUGUAAGGUUCCUAGCUCCAUCCGGAGUAACUCAAAAUGGAAAAAAAUUAGAAAUUAUGGGUGCACAACUAUCCGAUGAUGGAAUUUACACCUGUAAAGCAUCAAAUAUUGUUGGACAAACAAAUUUAACGUAUAAACUUGAUGUAUUUACACCACCAACUGUGGAUCGAUCGAAUAUUGUUCAAAAUUAUCAGGUAACCAUUAAUAAAACAGCUCGAAUUGAAUGUCCUAUUUCGGGUGAACCAAAUCCUCAUGUUGCAUGGCUCAAAAAUGGCAUUGAAUUCGACAGAAAUGCUACGAAGAAGUAUCAAUUGGCCGAUAAUAAUCGAACAUUAAUUAUAUUUUGGAUUGAAUCAAAUGAUAAUGCUCGAUACACAUGUUUAGGAACGAAUAUUGCUGGAGAAAUUUCAAUUAACUUUGAUUUACAAGUGUUUGUACCACCAACAAUUGAACAAAAUCCUAAAUCAGACAUUGUUGAAGGCAUUUAUAAUCAUCAUAUCACACUAAUGUGUACAGCAAAUGGUCAUCCAUGGCCAUCGGUCACUUGGGAAAAAGAUGGAAAACCAUUAAAUACUGAGAAUAUAAAAUAUCGAUUUGGUCCUGCUGGUUUUCAGUUGUUAAUUAUUCAAGCAAAUGAAAGUGACGAAGGCAUAUAUAAAUGUAUUGCAUAUUCUAAAGCCGGCGAAACAAGUAGUCAGUUCAAAGUUGUUGUAUUGAUUCCCCCAAUUCUUGCACGAGAAAAUACAACAAUUACAGUUUCUCUACCAAAUGCUAUUGAACUACCAUGUAAAUUAGUACAAGGCAAUCCAAAACCGACUAUAAAAUGGUUGAAAAAUGAUGGAGAACUUGUUCAUAGUUCAGAAAAUAGAUUAAUUAUAUCGGCUAUUGGUAGUUUGUUAUUGGUGAAUACAAAAGAAGAAGAUGCUGGACACUAUCAAUGUAUUGCAAUGAAUAAUGGUGGACAAGAUAUACUUGAUAUUGUUCUUGAAGUCCAAGCUGCGCCUAACAUUAAAAUACCACACACUGAUGUAAAAGGAAUUAUAGAGAAAUCAAUUACCUUAGAAUGUGAAGCAACGGGAAGUCCAACUCCAACCAUUGACUGGACUAAGGGCAUCGUUCGAUUGAACAAUCAUCCAGGUUACGAAAUAUUGCUAUCAGGUGCAUUGAGAAUAGAUCGUCUACAUGUACAUAAUACGGGAUAUUACACGUGUUCAGCAGAAAAUUUUGUUGGUAAAACAUCUGCUCAAAUUCGCUUGGAAGUUCAAGUACCACCUAGUAUAAAUCAAAUUCAACGAACAUUUGUUGGUGUAGAAUCUUCCGAAAUAUUUCUGCCUUGUCAAAGUAUUGGAAUACCAAAACCAGAAAUAAAAUGGUAUAGGGAAGGAAAUGAAAUUCAUACAAACCAUUCACACUUAUUAAUUAUGAAAAAUGGUGCAUUACAAAUACCAAAAUUGAACUCUGAUUAUGCUGGUGUCUAUAUGUGUGUUGCUGAGAACUCUGUGGGUCAGGUUUCAAAAUUAUUCACAUUAUUAAUCAAUAGUAAGUUUAAUAUCAGUUUAAUCGUAACAGCUACACUAAAAAUUUAUAUUCCAGUUGCACCAGUGAUUGAUCGUGAUAAAUCAACAUCAGUCGUAGCCAGUGAAGGUGAAACUGUUCAACUUCAAUGUUGGAUAAUCAAAGGCACUCCCUCGCCUCAUAUAACAUGGCAACGAAAUUCUCAUGGUAUAUCAGGCAGUAAAUAUUCAAUAGUACCUAAUCGUGGUACACUUGAAAUUACUAAUGUUCAGACAUCCGAUCACGUUUCACCUAAAUUUCUAUAUGUUUCACGAGAUAUUACAAUUGAUUAUGGCUCAUCAUUAGAAUUAAAAUGUGAAGCAGAUGGUAUCCCAAAACCGACUAUAUCUUGGACACACAAUAAUACAAUAACAUUCGUGAAUAAUGAUGAAAAGCAAUCAGCUACUUCACAUGAUCGAACAGUUCAAUUAGGACAACAUUUAAUUUUAUCAUGUGAAAUUUAUGGUGAUUUUAUUGGAACUGUUGAAUGGUUUCAUAAUGGAUUACCACUUGAAACAAAUAAUGAACAAAUUAUUGAUUAUCAAAAUGGAACAUUAAUUUUUACUAAAAUAUUUGGUGUUCAUUCUGGCGUUUACAAGUGUAUAUUUCACAGUAAGAAUGGCAUUAGUAAAGAAUCAUUUUAUUCUGUGAAUAUUGAAGCUCCACCAACAUUGACUAUUAAACCGCCUUCUCAAUUAAGAAAAAUGAUUGGUUCAUCUUUAUCAAUUAAUUGUUUUGCUGAUGCAAUACCAGAAGCUAAUAUUAAAUGGAGUAAAAAUAAUGUUCCAAUUGAUGGAAACACAAAUAGAAUUGAAAUUUUAAUAAAUAAUUCUUUACGAAUUGUGUCAUUAGACGAAGAAGAUACGGGUAUUUAUACAUGUACAGCCACAAAUCCUCUUGGACAAAUUUCAGCAAGUUGUGAUCUAAAAGUUGAAGUGGAAAUACAAUGGUCUGAAUGGUCCCCAUGUACAUCAACAUGUGGCAAAGCUGUUCAAAUUCGAAAAGGAAACUGUUCAACUUGUGGAAAAAAUCGUCAUAUAAUCGAAAGUAGACUGUGUAAUUUAGCAUUAGAAAUUUGUCCUGUAGAUGGACAAUGGUCAAUAUGGUCCGCCUGGUCACCAUGUAGUAAAUCAUGUGGUAUAGGAUACGAAGAACGCUUUAGAACAUGUACUGAACCAGCACCAAUGGGUCUCGGAAGAAAUUGUGAUGGACACGGAAUAGAAAGACAGUUGUGUAAUACUCAAGAAUGUAUGGGUAAGUAA